CCUCCUCCUCCUCCUCCCUCCCCUGCCCGGUGCUGCUUCCUCCCCAGCGGAGAGCGCGGAAAUGGCGGCUGCCCCGGCGGAGCGGAGCCGCUUUGCGGUGGUGGGAGGCGGGAUCGCAGGCGUCACGUGCGCUGAGAGGCUGUCUGUGGAAUUCCCAUUAGAAGAUAUUCUCUUAAUAACAGCCUCCCCAGUCAUAAAAGCAGUAACAAAUUUCAAACAGGUCUCCAAAACACUCGAGGAAUUUGAUGUUGAAGAACAACCGAGCUCUGUGUUAGAAAAACGGUAUCCCAAUAUUAAAGUUAUACAGUCUGGAAUCACACAGCUAAAAAGCAAGGAACAUAAAAUGUUUACAGAAGAUGGCAAGGAAUACAGAUAUGAAAAACUCUGCCUAUGUGCUGGAGCAAAACCUAAGUUAAUCUUUGAAGGAAACCCAUAUAUACUAGGAAUCCGGGAUACUGACAGUGCUCAGGAAUUUCAGAAACAUCUGGCCAAAGCAAAAAGAAUAGUAGUUGUAGGAAAUGGUGGCAUCGCCCUUGAAUUAGUGUAUGAAAUUGAAGGGUGUGAAGUAAUUUGGGCCAUCAAAGACAAAGCAAUUGGAAAUACUUUCUUUGAUGCGGGUGCAGCUGAAUUUCUGAUUCCAAAGCUAUCUGCUGAGAAGCCAGAGACUGCAACUGCAUGUAAAAGAACCAAAUAUACAACUGGAGGAAGUGAGAAGGAAGGAAGAAGCGACACAGCAGCCGACAGACUUGGCAGUGCCUUAGGCCCUGAUUGGCAUGAAGGCUUACAUCUUAAAGGGACUAAAGAGUUUUCUCACAAAGUUCACAUUGAGACGUUGUGUGAAGUAAAGAGAAUAUACCUCCAGCAAGAAUUUAUACCAUUGCAGCAGGCCUCUUUGUCUUUUCCUAAAGGAAAUCAGAAUGCACAACCAGACAGAGGUCAGAAUUUUCCCUUUUUUUCAGCACUGUGGCCUGUCUAUGUGGAAUUAACUAAUGGGAAGAUAUAUGGCUGUGAUUUCAUUGUCAGUGCAACAGGAGUUGUGCCAAAUGUUAAACCAUUUCUGGAUGGUAAUGAUUUUGCUCUAGGUGAAGAUGGAGGUCUUAAAGUGGAUGAGCAUAUGCACACUUCACUACCAGAUAUAUAUGCAGCAGGGGACAUCUGCAGUGCAUCAUGGGAGCCUAGUCAUGUGUGGCAGCAGAUGAGGCUUUGGACCCAAGCUAGGCAGAUGGGAUGGUAUGCAGCAAGAUGCAUGGCAGCAGAUUCUUCUGGGGAAUCUAUUGACAUGGACUUCAGCUUUGAACUCUUUGCCCAUGUUACCAGAUUUUUCAAUUACAAGGUGGUGCUUUUGGGAAAAUAUAAUGCUCAGGGUCUGGGUUCAGACCACGAACUAAUGCUGAGAUGCACCAAAGGACAAGAGUAUGUUAAAGUGGUGAUGCAGAGGGAAAGAAUGAUGGGAGCUGUGUUGAUUGGUGAAACGGACUUGGAAGAAACCUUUGAAAAUUUGAUUUUGAAUCAAAUGGAUCUUUCAGCCUAUGGGGAAGAUCUCCUGAAUCCAAAUGUUGACAUAGAGGAUUACUUUGACUGAAACCAAAAUAUCAAUCUCCAUUAUUAAGGUUUUGACCUUCAGUACUGAGGUGUAUUAAACAGCAUAUAAAUUAUAUCUGAAAAUCCCUGAAAAAAGGAACAGGUAGAACUGCAGUCACAUUGGAAAGAUCUUUUGCUGGUAUUUCCAGACACUCACUCAGCUAAUUUUUGGGAAAUGUGCUGAAAUGCAGGAGCAGAAAAGGAAAUACUGGACAAAUACAGGGAUAAACCCAUGUCUUGGUCUGAUGUAGGCAAGAGUUAGAUGAGGAGUUACGAUUAUUCUGUAAAACUGAAAAUGUAAUAGUGUUAAUGUACUUGGAACUGUGGCACCCAGGGUGGAAUGAUCUUAGGUGUUUGACAGUUGGCUGUUAACUCCUUCAAACUAGCUAAUCUCGUGUUUUGGCAAUACUGCUUUGUUCUAUCAGAAGUCUCAGCAAGUUGGACUUGUGCCUUAACAUCCCAAUUCCUAAAAAAGGGUACUGGGAAGACUUGCAUUAACAGUAUACCCUGGAGGAGGCGUCUGGAUUGAAACACUUGAUAGCAGCUAUGUCAUGACAUUUUGGAUAUUACAAAACUUUUCAUCAGUGUAUUCCCAAAAAAUGGAGUCUGCACUUCAGGCAGCAUAUACCCUGGACUUUAGGUUCUUUGUGGCACGCGUACGUGCAUCCAACCCAACCCCUCCAGAAUUAUUUGCACUCAUGCAAUAGUUUCUAAUUUUGGUGUAAAAGGUAAGGCCCAAAAGAUGUUUUGGGGCAACUGAUAUUUCUUUGGAGUUUCAACACUAUUUUAGAAAUUCUGGCUUAUGAAUUAUGAGGUAAGAAUGAAAAUUAACUUAAAUCUUAAUACACUGAACACAGGGAUUGCUUAAAUUACUGGCCAGUCUUCCAGAGACAGGCACCUUAAGGCUGCUCUUAAAUAUCUUUUCUCUGUAUUUUGUAAUACAAGCUAUUGAAAUGACACUUGCAUUUUUCCAUCAAAAUGCUGCUUUCUAAAGCAGCAAUUUUCUUCCCAAGUUUAAUAGACUCUAGGACUGCAGCAGCACUUUGUCGAGCUAUUUGUAUUAGGACAUCUCCUAGGAAAUUAGCUUAAUUAUUUAAAAAGGCUAGAGUAAUUACAGUUUAAAUCUGGAGGCUAAAUUAUGGUUUAAUCUGGAACAAAAUUUACUGAGUUUCUGUGGAAGUAGAAUUUAAAUGUCAUGUUAUUUUUAUGUGAAAUUCUACACCUUAGCCUUAAGACUACUAUAAUAAAAUGGAAGCUUUUGGGGUCUUUUGUGUCUUGAUGUAGUACAUAUCUAAUUUGAUUUAUACUUCUGGAUUGGUGU